UUCGCUUCUCGCACAAGCGCACAUCGCCCCCUCCCACGGGGGAGGGGGGGUGGACACAUGCGCACUGUCCCCACCGGAGAGGAGCUUUUAUGAGCUUGCGCAUUCCCCUCAUUCCGUGAGUCGGGUUCCCCGCGCGCACGCGCGUCCUGUCUCCGUUGCUGGCCCCUCCCCACGGGUCUCUCGCGAGAGGCCGGGAUUUAUUCCUACGUGCUGUGCCGUGCUGCUCAUGGCGGCGCAGAAGCGGGGGCGCUGAGCUGUUGGGUAUGAAGUGUAACAGAACAGAAUUUACCACCUGAAACUGCUGCUUCAAGUUCAGAUCAGGAAAGGAAAACGCCACAUUGUAACAACAAAACAAGACCAAAGAAGAGUAAACCUAUACUGAAGACACAACACUUGAUCUGAAACAAGAAGUUUGUGCCUACUCAACAGCUUCAAAAGAGCACGUCCCAACGCUGCUAGUAGUCUUUGUUUUCUCCAGUGCUGCACUGAAACUCUCCAGUGCAGCAGCAGUUAUAUUCUUUAUUAGCUUCAUAGAUCAUUUUCCUCUCGCUGUCUUUUUUUAAUAAUAGCAGUCUUCAUACUUUGAAACGUGUGCUGAAACAGAAGAAUCAGCAAAUACUACUGAAAGUGCAAUAUUUGAAUAUCACUGCGAGCUGUAUGAGAUGGAGAACCAUUAUACUGUGUCAUCAGAUCCUCUCCCCCCUCCUGCAGCUCCCCCUCCUUCUCUUCUUUUACCUUUCUCUUCAUCUUCUACCUCAUCUGGGUCUAAAAAGCAGAAGAGGACCCCCCUGUAUCAGAGAUCUAUGAGCUUUGAUCCAAACCUUCUUCACAACAAUGGACACAACGGGUACCCCAAUGGUACUUCGGCAGCACUGCGUGAAACUGGGGUUAUUGAAAAACUGCUGACCUCUUAUGGAUUCAUUCAGUGUUCAGAACGGCAAGCUAGACUGUUCUUCCACUGUUCACAGUAUAAUGGGAACCUUCAGGAGCUUAAAGUAGGAGAUGAUGUUGAAUUUGAAGUAUCUUCUGACCGCCGAACUGGAAAACCUAUUGCUGUUAAAUUGGUGAAGAUAAAACCAGAAAUUUUACCUGAAGAGCGAAUAAAUGGACAAGUUGUGUGCGCUGUUCCUCACAAUUUAGAGAGUAAAUCUCCAGCUGCCCCGGGUCAGAGUCCAACAGGGAGUGUAUGCUACGAACGUAAUGGGGAAGUGUUUUACCUGACUUACACCCCUGAGGAUGUUGAUGGAAAUGUACAGCUGGAAACUGGAGAUAAAAUAAAUUUUGUAAUUGAUACAAAUAAACAUACUGGUGCUGUAAGUGCUCGUAACAUUAUGCUAUUGAAAAAGAAACAAGCCCGCUGUCAAGGAGUAGUUUGUGCCAUGAAGGAGGCCUUUGGAUUUAUUGAAAGGGGCGAUGUCGUAAAGGAGAUAUUCUUUCACUAUAGUGAAUUUAAAGGUGACUUAGAAGCCUUACAGCCUGGUGAUGAUGUGGAGUUUACAAUCAAAGACAGAAAUGGUAAAGAAGUUGCAACAGAUGUAAGACUAUUGCCUCAAGGAACUGUUAUUUUUGAAGAUAUCAGCAUUGAACAUUUUGAUGGGACUGUAACCAAAGUAAUCCCGAAAGUACCCAACAAAAAUCAGAAUGACCCGUUGCCUGGACGCAUCAAAGUUGACUUUGUGAUUCCUAAGGAACUUCCUUUUGGAGACAAAGAUACAAAAUCCAAGGUGACACUACUGGAAGGUGACCAUGUUAGAUUCAACAUUUCUACAGAUCGACGUGACAAAUUGGAACGAGCCACCAAUAUUGAAGUUCUUCACAAUACUUUCCAGUUUACUACUGAAGCUAGAGAAAUGGGUGUGAUUGCAGCAAUGAGAGAUGGCUUUGGUUUCAUUAAAUGUGUUGACCGGGAUGCCCGCAUGUUCUUUCACUUCAGUGAAAUUCUGGAUGGAAACCAGCUCCACAUUUCAGAUGAAGUAGAGUUUACUGUGGUUCCUUGUCUCUCUCUCAAACAGGUUGAAUUCAGUGUUUGUGAAGUGAAGAGAACAGGUUCGCAGACAGCAGUUUCUGUCAGAAUGCUUGGUCGCAACUACAGCUCCAAGAGGCUUGUGGGGUAUGUGGCAACCCUGAAAGAUAACUUUGGAUUUAUUGAAACAGCCAAUCAUGAUAAGGAGAUCUUCUUCCAUUACAGUGAGUUCUCUGGUGAUGUUGAUAGCCUGGAACUUGGGGACAUGGUGGAAUACAGCUUGUCAAAAGGCAAAGGAAAUAAAGUCAGUGCGGAAAAGGUGAACAAAAUACAUGCAGUGAAUGGUGCCACUGAGGAAGCUGAUCCAACUGUCUACACGGGUAAAGUAAUUCGCCCCUUGCGGAGUGUAGAUCCCACACAGACUGAAUACCAGGGAAUGAUUGAGGUCAUGGAGGAUGGGGAGAUGAAAGGAGAGGUCUAUCCAUUUGGAAUUGUGGGAAUGGCAAACAAGGGCGAUUGCCUGCAAAAGGGGGAGACAGUCAAGUUCCAGCUCUGUGUCCUUGGUCAGAAUGAACAGACGAUGGCUUGUAACAUUACACCUUUCCGCAGAGCCACUGUGGAAUGUGUGAAAGAUCAGUUUGGAUUCAUUAACUAUGAAGUGGGUGACAGCAAAAAGCUCUUUUUUCAUGUGAAAGAAGUUCAGGAUGGUGUAGAACUGCAGGCUGGAGAUGAAGUAGAGUUCUCAGUGAUCCUGAAUCAGCGCACAGGGAAAUGCAGUGCCUGUAAUGUAUGGCGUGUCUGUGAAGGCGCAAAGGCUGUUGCUGCUCCGCGUCCUGAUAGACUUGUUAAUCGUUUAAAGAGCAUUACUUUAGAUGAUGCCAGUGCUCCUCGCCUAACAGUUCUUCGUCAACCAAGGGGACCGGAUAACUCAAAGGGAUUUGGUGCAGAGAGAAAGAUUCGUCAAGCUGGUGUUAUUGACUAACUGAUCCAUAAAGCACAUAACUAAGUAUGAUCAAGCAGUGGGAGCUGGUGAAGGGUACUGAAUAUCCCCCUAUUCAUCCCUUCCAAAUUCUAAGAAGCUGUUACACCAGUUUUAACACCUUCCUCAUGUUAUGUUUAAAAAAUUUAUGAAACCAUUUUAAAAUUAUGCACAGUUGCAUCCUGAAGACUUAAGGUGGCGCCUUAUAGUAUCACAUUUUAGAUGCUUUUUGAAUGGUGCAUUUAACGCAACUGGUAACUGCAAAUCUACAUUGCCUAUGUAAGUGAACAUUAUAGACAGUUCUACUCUGGUAGACCUUAUGAAAUUCUGCACUAAAAAGAUAGAUAUAUAUAUACUCUACCUUCAUUAUUUCUGCCAAGGUGUUACUAUGCCUUAGUUCUCAGUUGCAUUCUCUUCCCCUCCAUGUGAGAGGCUCAUUUCCUGUUUGUUCAGAUCUAAUUCUGAGGACCAUAUGAGGGUGGACUAUAUGAACUUUUUUAUAUAAAUCUGUAUGAGCGUUCAGAUAACUUUAUUAAGUUGAUGGCCAAAUGUUACAAUGUUUUCAUAUCUCAUUUAAACUGAGUCCAUGUAGGAAAGUUCUGUUAGAUCUCAGUGAAAGUACCUUCCAGAGUAAAUAGUAUGUGCAGUGCAGAAUUUCAGAAGGAUGGUGUGCCAUCUGUGUGAUGAUUUAAAUAUAUAAAACAAUGCACAAAUUUUGCUGCUGCUUAGAACACUGCAGCUUCUAAUCCCAGUUUCUUUUACUGAUUUAAAUUUAAAAAUUGUGCCUGAAGUGAAUACAUUUUUCUUUUUGCAGCCAGCACCCAGUGUACUGUAAAAGAAUAAAUACUUAGGCUUUCCAUAGCUGUAUUGAGAUUUUCAUCAAGGUGAAAUAGUUAAUGUCUGUGUGCUUUUUUUUUUUUUUUUUUUCCCCCAGUCACACUUUAUCAAGCAAGAAAACUGAAUGAUUGGUCUAAGUAUUACUUUAACCAAAAAGAUCAGGAGUUAUUUUCUUUGAAUAGAGGGCAGUACUGUGUUUUUUUUCCCCCCUCCAUAUUACCUCUAUUCUCAAUUUAGGGUUUUUCUUCUCUGGGAGAUGCAUUAUCUGUAUGAAACAAACAUUGCUUUCUCCAAUUUUCUGUUAAUGGCAAAGAUUGGAAAUAGAAUAAAGUUUUACUGAUUUUGAAAAAG